AUGUCCGACCCCAAGGCAAGCACGACCCGGCAGCGUACAGCCGCCAGCGCCAGCGCCAGCACCAGCGAAAGCAGCAGCAGGAUACCCGACCCUGCUGCCCCUGUCGCCGCCGCGGCGCCCCACACCGAUACCAACACCGCCCGCGACCACCGUAUCCGCGCGGCCGUGAGCGACUCGGCCAAGCGCCAAGUGACUAGCUACGCCGAUAUCGCGCGCGACGCGGUGUUGAGCGGCGCGUGGGCGUACCCCAUCUAUGGCGGCCUGUACAUCUUAUCGCAUCCCAGACUCCUUAUCCCCGUGCUGCCCGUCCUCGUCCGCGCGCUGCUCAUCAGCGCCGGCGUGGUCGCGGCCGCCUUCUUCCUCCUCUACCUUCCCCAGGUGGCGUGGCUCGCCCUCUUCUCCGGCCCGUUAGCCUUUGCGGCCGCGGUGCCCCUCGUGCUCGCCGAGGCCUGGAUCGUCCUCGUGUUCCUCGGCAAGAACUUUCUCCUGGGCCAGCUCAACACUGACCUCUUUGAUGCUGUGCUCGUGCAGCGAGGCUACUCCACGCUCGUGGAGAAGGGCCGUUCCGUCUCGACAAAGAAGGGCAGCAACGUUCGCAUCCUUGGCAACAUCCUGACCCGUCCCCUCUCAAAGUUUAGCACUGACAGCGUCGUGCGCUACAUUAUCACGCUCCCUCUUAAUUUUAUCCCUGUUGUCGGCACGGCCUUUUUCUUGGGCUACAACGGUGCGUCAAAAGAAGCAAUCAUCUACAUCAACUCUGUCCUAACCCUGGUGGGGACAGGCUACAAGUCGGGACCCGGUUACCACGCGCGCUACUUCCAGCUCAAGGGCUUCAACAAGGAGGAGCGCGACGCGUUCAUCAAGGAACGCCGCGGCGCGUACUCUGGCUUUGGCACCGUCGCUAUUGCCUUCAACCUCGUGCCCAUCGUUUCGGUCCUCUUGUCGCUAACGACCAGCGUCGGUGCGGCCCUGUGGGCAGCCGACAUUGAGUCGUCGUCCAAAGCCGUCUCGGAGCGUUCCCACACGUACCCGGUCGAGCUCCCGGUCGCCCUUUCUGCGGGCUCGACCUGAUGUAGAGGCCGAUCAGUCAUGUGAGGCCAAACUGCCCUCUACUGUACCAAGAACCACGACAUAGAUACUUCAUUUCGCCCCCUGUUGACCCGCUACCGUUCAAGCCUCCUGCCUAGACACCUUCACGCCCACCAAUGUCCUUCGUUGUAGCUUGCCCAGCCGCCCGGUUUAUCCAACCUCAUACAUUGCUA